GAGGAGCCGCGGGGAUCCGCGCCCAGCCGCGGGGCCGCCGGCAGACCUGGCGGGGUCUGGGCCGAGCCGGGCCUCGCUGAAGCAGUGAGCCGAACCGAGCGACUGCGUCGCCUGGGCCGUCCUUCAGGUCUGUCGAGAUCGCGGAGAUAUCAUCAGCGUGCCGCUGGGCAGGUGGUGGGCUUCCUAUCCACCUCUGUUUCCUUCCCCGUACCAACAAGAUGGCGUCGUCGAUACCUGCCACGGCCGCGACGGUGGAGAGGCUUGGCAUCAACGUGGACGAGCUGGUGCGGCGCUUCUCGGCGCUUGACUAUGCCGUGUUCGGGCUGCUCCUCCUGCUCUCGCUGGGCAUUGGUGUCUACUUUGGCGUCUGCAAGGGCCACGAGAUGAAAGACAACACGGGUUACCUGCUGGGAGGUCGUCAGAUGGGCACCGUGCCCGCCGCCAUGUCCCUCAUCGCCAGCUUCAUGUCAGCCAUCACGCUGCUGGGCACGCCGGCCGAGGUGUACCAGUACGGCACCCAGUACUGGGUCAUCGCCUUCUCCUAUCUGAUCGUGACGCCGGCUGCCGCCUACCUGUACAUGCCUGUUUUCUUUGACCUCCAGCUGAUCUCGGUCUACGAGUAUCUGGAGAGACGCUUCCACCGCAGGGUCCGCGUCACCGGCGCCUGUCUCUUCUGCAUUCAGAUGAGCAUCUAUAUGGCCAUCGUCGUAUACGCACCAUCCCUUGCACUGGCACAAGUGACCGGUGUCAAUGUCUACCUGUCCGUCUGUCUGAUCUUCUUCGUUUGCAUCUUCUACACAGCUCUGGGAGGCAUCAAGGCUGUUCUUUGGACGGACACCAUUCAGAUGGCCAUCAUGUUCGCCUCGAUGCUGGCCAUCAUCAUCAAGGGAUCAUACGAUGUUGGCGGAUUCGAUGUUGUCUGGGAGAGAGCUGUUGAAGGAAACCGCAUCGAGUUCUUCAACUUCAACACCAGUCCAGGAGUGCGGCACACAGUCUGGACUCUGGUGGUGGGCGGCUACUUCACCUGGAUCACCAUCUACGGCGUGAACCAGGCGCAGGUCCAACGCUACCUCUGCGUGCCCACUAAGCGGCGCGCCGCCAACGCCAUCUGGUUGAAUCUGGCGGGCCUGUUGUUCCUGCUGACCGUGUGUAGCUACGCUGGUCUGGUCAUCUACGCCCGCUACCGGCUGUGCGACCCGCUGAGCUCAGGGAGCGUGAGCACGGCCGACCAGCUGUUCCCGCUGUUUGUGAUGGAUACGCUUGGCGAGACGCCGGGAGUGCCAGGGCUCUUUGUGGCCGGGAUCUUCAGUGGUGCUCUCAGCACCGUGAGCUCCGGGAUCAACUCGCUAGCGGCCAUCACCAUGGAGGACUUCAUCAUGCCCAGCGUCAGCAGGCCGCUGACGGCUCAGAUGCAGACCAUCAUCUCUCGCGCCCUGGCCGUCGCCUUCGGUGUGUUGGGAUUUCUACUGGUGUUUAUUGCUGAACAGCUUGGAGACAUCUUACAGGCGGCUCUCAGCAUAUACGGCAUGGUUGGGGGACCGGUUCUCGGAGUGUUCACUCUGGGAUUGUUCUUCCCUUGGGCCAACCACAUU